AUGGAGGAACAGGACAAAUUUCUGAAGGAGGCCUCCACCUCCGUCAAGAAAAAUGCAUACUUCAUGUCGAAGGCCAUGGACGAAGACAACCUGCGGGAGGCCCUGCGGUACUCUGCAGCAAUGUUGGGGGAGCUGCGGACAUCCUAUCUCUCUCCGCAGAAGUACUACGAGCUGUACAUGCAGGUCUUCGACCAGCUUGCGCACCUGGAGUCGUUUUUCGCGGAUGAGCACGCCAAGGGGCGCACCUACUCGGAGCUAUACGAGCUGGUGCAGCAUGCAGGCAACGUGCUGCCGCGCCUGUACUUGAUGGUGGCGGUGGGCUGCCUGUUCAUCCGCUCUGGGGAGGGGUCGUCUAAGGAGCUGCUGAAGGAUCUCGUGGAGGUGAGCUGA